AUGUUAUCAUCUAUUAUAUUCUUCUAUAUAAUUUUCUUUAUAUCAGUUUCUAUUUCGACUAAAAUCAAUAUAAAUAAUCGACCAUCGGUAGGAGUUAUUCGUUGGGAUGCUUGGAAUUUAUUUAAUAGUCAAUAUGAUCCUAUUUCAUUUUAUUUACAUCGAGCUUUAAGUCCUGAAAAAUUUCAUUAUCGUAUACCAUUCUAUGCAACAGUUCUUUCAUCAACAAAUAUUUCUUUCAAUGGUGAUUUACAAAAUGUUAUGGAUCAAGAAAUUCUUUAUGCUAAACAUGCUGGUAUAGAUUAUUGGGCAUUUGAUACAUAUUGUCAAUUUGGAAUAAAUUGUACAACAAAUAAUACAUAUUGUAUUCAAUAUUAUAAACAAACAUCAAAUCAAUAUUGUCCUCAAAAUCCUUCAUAUGGAUUAAAUUUAUAUCUUUCAAGUGUAUAUAAAUCUUUAAUAAAUUUUACUCUUAUUUUAUUAGGUUCUUCACCAUGUGAUAUAACUUUUCAACAACAUUAUAUUGAUCUUAUGAAAUUACCACAAUUUCAAACUGUAUUAGGUGGUCGUCCAUUAGUAUAUUUAUUUCAAUUUGAUAAUGCUGAAGCUGAUAUUUGUGGAUGUGGAUGGUCUGGAAGUGGACAAAUAUUUAAUAAAUUUAGACAAAUGGCUAUAAGUCAAGGUCUUCAAAAUCCCUAUAUGGUUUUAAUGGAUUUUAAUGUUGCAACAGUUCAAUCACAUGCUUCAAUGCUUGGAUUUGAUGCUAUUUCAACAUAUGCAUUACCUGGUGGAACUCUUGAUGGAACUCCAUUUGUUGAAUUAUUUCAUUCAGCUCAACAAUGGUGGCAAUCUGCUCAUGAUAUUGGAGCUAAAAUGGUACCAAUAGCUCCAACAGGUUGGGAUCCACGACCACGUGCUGAAAAUCCUGUACCAUGGGUUAUUGAAGGACCAGAACAUUAUAUUCAACCAACAGUUGAUGAAUUACAAGAAUUAAUUCGUAGUGGAAUUAAUUUUACAUGUAAUUACAAUCAAACAGUUGAAGCACAAACAAUUAUUAUUUAUGCAUGGAAUGAAUGUAGUGAAACUAGUGGUUCACUCAUUCCAUCAAUGGGAAAUGGAACACUUUAUAUUGAUGCUUUAUCAAAAAUUCUUCCGAUGUAUUGCUAA